AUGUACCAUGACAAGAGAUUUCAGAUGGAUCCUAACUUUCCCUUGAUUGCCUUCAAUCAUGAGCAGAUUAAGAAGGCUACUACUGGAGGUUAUUUGCUAGCUAACAAGAACAACUUUGACCAUAUCUCUACUUGUCUACUCAACACCAAGGACUCUGUGCUUACAGAAAUGAUUGAGAAGCUUGAGAAAGGCCUUGUAAAGGUUGAUGACUUGACACCAGAGCAACAAGAGUGUUACAAGAUGAUCAAUGACAUAGAUUACAUAGGAGCACAUGUACCUGCGUCCAGGACAAGCCACAAGCACGUGAGAAACCAGAUCUGGUCCUUGACAUCAUAUCUUGGUGCUCCAAGUUGGUUUAUCACAUAUGCCCCUGCAGAUAUUAAGCAUCCAAUUGCCAUCUAUCUUGCAGACACCAAUGAGAGGAUUUUCCCUGCCAGGCUAUUGCAACCCAACGAGAAUGAACGCUGUAGGCUUAUCGCAAAUAAUCCUGUAGCUAGAGCUCGAUUUUUCAAGGUCAUGACUGAAGCUUUCAUUAAACAUGUACUUGGUUAUAACAGUAAACAUGCAGGAUUGUGUGGCAAGACAGCUGGAUAUUAUGGAACUGUUAAACAG